AGCAUGCCUCUUCAGUUUGCACUAUGUUCCGGCAGAAUGAUCGGUGGCUCCCAUCCGUGUUUCAUCAUUGCUGAAAUUGGACAAAACCACCAGGGAGACAUUGAGAUUGCUAAAAAAAUGAUCAAGAUGGCAAAGGACUGUGGUGCCGAUUGUGCAAAAUUCCAGAAAAGUGAAUUAGAGUACAAAUUCAGCAAACGAGCCUUGGAGCGCCCCUACAAUUCAAAGCACUCCUGGGGGAAAACGUACGGUGACCACAAGCGUCACUUGGAAUUCAGUCAUGAUCAAUACAGGGAACUAAAAAAGUAUGCAGAAGACAUCGGCAUCUUUCUCACUGCCUCUGGCAUGGAUGAGAUGGCUGUGGAGUUCCUUCAUGAGCUGGAUGUGCCCUUCUUCAAAGUUGCCUCGUGUGAUGCAAACAACUUUCCAUAUCUGGAGAAAACUGCCAAAAAAGGGCGACCCAUGGUGAUAUCCACUGGGAUGCAGUCUAUGGAAACCAUACGCCGUGUCUACAAGACAGUAAAGGAGCACAAGCAGAACUUCACCCUCCUGCAAUGCACCAGCGCCUACCCUUUGGAUCCUAAAGAGGUCAACCUCAGUGUAAUCAAGACAUUCCAGGAGGAAUUUCCAGAUGUUCCAAUAGGCUAUUCUGGACAUGAGCAAGGCAUCUACAUCACCGUGGCUGCUGUGGCAAUGGGAGCAAAAGUUGUGGAACGCCAUGUGACCCUAGAUAAGACCUGGAAGGGAAAUGACCAUGAGGCAUCCCUGGAGCCCUCCGAGCUGGCAGAGCUGGUCCGAGCAAUCCGACUGGUGGAGACGGCAAUGGGAUCACCAGUCAAGCAAAUGUUGCCAUGUGAGAAGACCUGCCAUGAUAAGCUGGGCAAGUCAGUGAUAGCUAAGGUGGCCAUUUCCAAAGGUACAGUGCUCCGCCUGGACUUGUUUGCAGUGAAGGUUGGUGAGCCAAAGGGCAUCCCUCCAGAGAACAUGCAGAACCUGGUGGGCAAGAAGAUCAAAGUGGAUGUGAAGGAAGAUGACAGCAUCUUGGCAGACAUGAUAGAAUGA